AUCACUUUUAGUUUUUCUUCCAGCUAAACCAGACAAAAUUUCCAGUUUAAAACUGAAACCUAGAAAAGUACUAAAAAAAAUUCUCUAUUUUGCAGGUUUUUAAAAACUUAUCAAGAUGAUGCUAUCAACCUAUCAGCAUGACUAUGUCCCGCCCAAUGCCAAGCGGUACGAGUUCCUCACGCGGCCCAGAGGCGCCGAAGCCAACAUUGGUCCGCAGGUAAAAGAGUGCGAGUGCAUCGACGAGUCCAAGAUCAAGAUGCCCCCCAAUGCGUCCAAGGACUGUGGUGGCGUGGAGUGGACGGGCAUAGCGCCAAUGGGAAAGCUGGUGGAUCCGCGUAUCAUACCCACUCAGCUGACUCAGGACCAGGUGGACAAGAUGGCCUUCUCGGCGGAGUCGAAUUGCUUUAAGCUGCAGCCCAACCGCUUCCUCAAGAUCUUACGCACAGUCUACCCGGAUCUGUACGAGCGCCUAAAGGUUAUGCCCAAGGAGGAGCUGAGCCGCAGGCUGGAGACAAACCGCAUGAACACCACCUAUCAGAUCGAUUACUGUGCCAUGAACGAGUACCCGGAGGGUAUUUACGAGAGCCUUAAGACGGAGGACGAGUCUAAGAACACCAGCAAGCUGAUGAGCGAACGUGGACCCUGCACUGAGUUCCGUUCGAACGUGAUGAACGAACUAGAGCGCGAAGCGUCCUCUGGCUACGAGAUUUCCAACGACGAGUGCCAGAAGAACUACAAGCCGUUCAAGACCAGCUUCUCGGACUCCUCGCAGACCAUCGAAUCCGGCAGCAGUUCGCACUGGAACUCCGCUCCAACCACGUACCGCAAGGUGCCGACCUUUAGCGAGUACAUGGACUCGAUUAGUCGCAACGGCUGCGUCAUCAUGCGCAACAAGCUGCACGAUCACUCCAAGUGCUUGGCCAAGUACUGCAAGCACGAGCUGAAGUUCACUUGCAAUGACAUGAAGUAAUCGACCGUAGACUAGUGCAUCUCGAAUAAAUAUAUGUUACACCUAACCCAA